UUCAGCCAGGAUCAGGCAGGUGUCUGGACACAUCGCAAUAUCGGUUUUUAUUUGACAUGAUGGGAAUUUAAACAUGUUUCUGGUUGUUCAAGGUUUGGUGUAAACUGGUGUUGCAGUCUUAUUUAUAAAGCAAAGGACAGUUUCACGUCACAGCUUAAACUACCAACAAGAUGACUGCAGGAUCAGUGAUAGUGCCUACUAUUAUACCAUUACGUCAGCCAACACCUGGACGUUCAAAACUAGCCAUAGACUCUAACACCAAGAUAGAGAUUAAGUCUGACACUCGUAAUUCACCUAUCCAUUAUACAAUCAAUGGAUCAACACCAGAACCUUUUAAGAAGAUUGGACAGAAAUGUACUUUGCAGUAUCAUGGACCAUUUACAUUGCCUGCUGGACGUCAAACAGUCAAGGCUGUAGCAGUAUCAGAAGAUGGUAUGAGAGAAAGCUAUGUGGUGACUAAAACAUUUGAUGUAGAUUAUGUUAAACCACCAAUAUUACCUCCUGAAGAUGAUGACCUUGGUUUUCAACAAGAUUUAAACUUAGAAAGGUCAAAGCUUCAAGUAAAAAGAGCUGUAUCUAAAGUGACAACACCUAAAUCAGCAUGGAAUGAUGAUCAUUUUGGAGCUUCACAAAGAUAUUCAGAUAUGAGGGUAACAGGAAGUACCAAUAGAAGACCACAUUCUGGUACCCGAUUUCUGAAUUCUAGAAUGGGUCAUACUUCUGAUAAAUCAUACAGAACAGAGCCUCUAGAUAGUCUAGAUCUAGCAAGAAGCGAGUCAAGAAGAUCAGCGAGACGUCUGCCACCAGAUAAUACAACUCAGGCUUUAAGAUUACAAAGAGAAACUGAUUUUCUCAAGUGUAUUUAUUGUUUUGCUGACCGUCCAUCUGAUCCUUUCUGUCGAUUCUGUAAUACAUGUGGUAAUUCACUGCCUGAAAUACCAGCUAAGUUAACACCAGCUGAACCAGGGCAGAUGGGUAUGUGUGUUUACUGUAAAUCUAUGGUACCGAUGAAUACUACAGCCUGUAUUGUAUGUGAAGGACCUAUUAAGAUACAGAAUCAACCUAAAGCUAAUAUAAAGCUACAUGAUAAAACUGUAUGUUCAUUAUGUGGCACGGCUAAUCCGUCUAAUUUAGUAACCUGUGUUACCUGUGAUUCCAGAUUACCAACUACAGCACAACAAAGAGCUAUGUUAAAUGGAGUAUCAGCACCACCAGUUAGUAAUCCUGAUAGGAAAUUUGUUCGAUGUGAUAAAUGUAGUAGAGUUAAUAAUGGUGAUGCUAGAUUUUGUGAUUGGUGUGGAUGCAAGGCGUCUGCUCCACCAACAUUAUUACAAUGUUCUCAAUGUGGAGCUAGUAAUAAUGUAUACAGUAGUUAUUGUGGUGGUUGUGCUGUGAAGAUAGAGGCACCAGGUAGAACAGAGUACAAAUUAGAUGGUUCUGGAAAGAGUUUAUUUUUACCCGUAACCCAGACUUCUAGCCAUGCUCCCAGACCAAUAGUUAACGCUUCAACACAAACAGUAGGAUUAUUCUAUCCUUCUAGAGGUCCUAGUAAAUCAGAGGAAGCAACAUUUGAGAAACAGUUAAAAGAAAGAAAACCAUUGUUGACACCAGUAAGCCCUGGAAGAGGAUAUUGGAGAAAGCAAGUUGAACACGUCUGUCAACAUUUAAAGAUAUAUACCCAGAAUAAUGCUGAUUUUAGAGCUUUGAUUGGAGAACCAAAAAUGGGAAAGUUAAUAACUUCAACAGUUCAAGAAGAUGGAUAUGAACUAAGUUUAACAAUGACAUUCCCUCUACGUGGAGGUUCUGAUAAACAAACUGGUAGUAAACUAGGUGUUAGUCAUCAAGGUUAUUUAAGUCAGCAUACACUACGUGAUACAACUGAUAGAACAGAUUCUGAGGAUUAUGAUAGUGAAAUUGAAACUCCAAAAGCUCAUAAGAAGAAAACAGUGAAGAAAACCAAAGCUAAGAAGAAACAAACUGGUCCCAAACUUUCAACUCUAGACCAACAACUAUUGAAAGAGCUGAGUCAUGAAGGAGAAGGAGUAGCAACUGAAGUACAACAACUCUUAGAUGAAGGAGCUGAUGUAAACUGUGUUGAUAAAAAUGGGUUACCAGCUAUAUAUGUGGCUGUAAGAAAUAAACAAGUAGAUUGUAUACCAGUUCUUAUUGAUGGAGGUGUUGAUAUCAAUAAAAAAGGGCCAUCUGCUUUGAAAGGAAACACUGCCUUACAUGAUGCUAUUAAUCUUGGACCAUCUGGACUACAUGUUAUUGAUGUUUUAUUAGAAAAUGGAGCUAAUCAGAAUCGUAAGAAUGAUCGUGGAGAAACACCAUUAGAUCUAGCUAAAAAAGCUGGUUUUGAUAGUAUUGUCACCAAAUUUGCAUCUGCCUUAGGAAUGUCCCAGUUAGCUAAAAUGACCAAACCCAGAAACUAAAUGUGAAGUUUUAUAUUAUACUUUUAGUAAAAUAGUUCUAUUUUAAAUAAUUGGUGCAUUUAUUAUUCCAUUCUGAAGUAGUUUCAAUUACUAAGAAAAGCACAGUUAGACUACAUGUAAUAUGUUAUAGCUUCUGUUUAAUAGUUGGUAUGUCUAUACCCUAUAUAUAGUUUUGUAUUCUAGUUAAUAUUUUUAACAGUAAAAACUUGAUUUUAUUUGCUAUCAGUCUGAGAUGUUGUAGAUUUAUUUAAGUAUCAAUGUAAAGUUUAUUACCGUCCAAAUAUUUAGAUAUAUUCCCAAGUUUACUUUGUUCUUAAAUUGUAUAUAUUUGUACCUCAUCUGUGAUUACCUUCUAUUUUACUGUUUGAAGUAGUAAAUUAUUUAAUAUG